UGUCUAAUCGGCAACCUUAUAAUUAAAUUAAGGAGCAUAUAAAUAGACCUCUAGUUAUAAGCAAACAUGAAAUGUGACGUAGACGCAAUUUCUCCUUGAACGUAGUAGAUGUAGACAUACUAAAAUCGAACAAAUCUAACACUUCAUUGAACUCGAGGGACAUACGUAUAAUAGGGUGUCCCAGGCUAUGGUUGUUGCGGGUACGCGGUACACGGAGAUGGAAAUCAGAUCUAAGAAUCCGACAGUGAGCGAACAAAUUGAUGCUGGCUAGUAAUGCCGGGGAAUCGAUCUCUCCGUUAAGGAGCUGGAAUAUAAAAAGGCAUUGGGCGUUUUUACGUCGAGAGCAGAGUGGUUCAAGUCCGAGAAGCAGACACCGCUGAUGGUAGGAGGGCCGAGCGGGGUGGGAUUGCCAUGGAAGGAGUCGAACCGCGUACCUGGUGAUUCUCCGUUGAAUGGCUUCGAGGCGAUUGAUGUCACCAACGCCACAUAACAGUAUAAAGCUCUACAGUAUAACCGAACAUGUCAACGCCUACUUCAGAACAAUUCUAUAUCUCGCUGAAAGAGUCUAUUAUAUGCCUGAGCGAAUCUACAACUCGCUGAACAUGUCUAUAUAAUCCUCGAAAACCCUGUAUUGUGACGUUCCACUUGUACAAAACUAUUAUGUCUUCAAGAAUCUCUUGGUACGUGAAUAUUUAUGUUACUAAGAAGUCUUCGCGCAUCAUUUUCGCCUUUUCCUCGUUCUAUAGGAAAUCUCAGAACUGUUCGGCCAUCUUAGAAGACGUAUAGCAUGUCGCGUCAUAUUUUUUUGUACUUUUUCUAUUUGUUUUAUCCAGCGAUCUGCAUAAGAACACCACACUACAGAAGAAAAUUUUAAUAUUGUAGCAGAAAUUUUAUACAUCACCUAGAAACAGUGUAACGCGUUUAAUUUCAGUUUGAUUCAUUAAGGUUUCUGGAAAAUGUUUCUGUGUCGUUUUUAUUCAUCACGUUCUCGGCCUGUCUAACAACAGAACUAUCGAGUGAGAAACCACUAGUUGGUGCGCCAACGUAUCCCAACCAGUGAGGUCAUACUGUACAUGCAAAAAAAUAGUCGCGACAUCGUUCGAAGAAUAUCUCAACAUUGUUUAUAAUUAAGCUUCCGUAUUUAGUCGACACGUCUGAAACGAUACAGCAGCAGUGCGAUAGAGCCUUGAGUUUUAUUAUAAACGCAUGUCGCAUGCUUGUAAACAUGAGUUUUUCGUUGACGCUCUUGGUGGCUGGUUAGCGAUUUCAAUAUGAGUUCAUUAGCAUACACGUGCAUACAACGGUGCAAUAGAAGAAAGCGUGUUACUUGUUUUGUUGGUGUGAUCUUUCUGCUACUAAUGUUUUUUUUAGUGCACAGAUCGCUUACAUUUAGCCAACUAGAGUGUGAAGAACUUAGUGGAUCAUUCUCUAAUAAAGCGACUGUUACUGACACCGCAAAUGCAUAUGGUCCAAAGUAUCCAGAAGCAAUCUCCAGUGUGCGAAAUUUACGCAAAAAAAGAUAUUUUAAUCCGCCGCAACCUAGAACCUCAGUGCAACCCCCUUAUGGGAAACGGCUCUGUCCUCAGCAAGACGUUCGAGAUUAUCAAUCACAUUACGCAGCUCCAAAUGAAGCACAGCUAUCAACACAGCCAUAUCAGUACUUCAUUUGGCCUUCUCUCGCUCGCCCUUGGAAUGAUGUUGGUAACAACUACGAAACUAAACAUCCUCUCUCAAAAAUGCCUGAGAGAAAUUGUUACUGUCCCUUUCCUCUACUGGCAAAGAACAAGCUAUGUUAUCAUGGUAUAACAUGUUUUCCAAAAACAACCACCUCCAUAAUAUCAACUACAACGGCCAUCAUUCCUACAUCUUCUACAACUGCAUCCAUCACUUCUUCAACUUCAACGAUAACAACAAUAUCUUCAACCAAUACGGAAACUACUACAACAACAACCCCAACUACAACGACAACUACUACAACUCCACCUACAACUACUACUACAACAACCCCAACUACAACGACAACUACUACAACCCCAACUACAACGACAACUACUACAACUCCAACUACAACGACAACUACUACAACUCCUCCUACAACUACUACUACUACAACCCCAACUACAACGACAACUACUACAACUCCACCUACAACGACAACUACUACAACUCCACCUACAACUACUACUACAACAACCCCAACUACAACGACAACUACUACAACCCCAACUACAACGACAACUACUACAACCCCAACUACAACUACUACAACUCCAACUACAACGACAACUACUACAACUCCAACUACAACGACAACUACUACAACUCCUCCUACAACUACUACUACAACAACCCCAACUACAACGACAACUACUACAACUCCACCUACAACGACAACUACUACAACUCCACCUACAACUACUACUACAACAACCCCAACUACAACGACAACAACUACAACCCCAACUACAACGACCACUACUUCAACUCCAACUACAACGACAACUACUCCCACAACAACUCCGUCCACAACGACUACAGCUAGAACUACUCCCACGACUCCCACUAGAACUACUCCCACUCCCCGACCCACUAGGGCACCUGGACGGUAAUUCAUCGUAUAGCUCAAUCUCAGUCUAAGACAUUUGUCUAAGUAAAUACAUCUGUUUAAAAAGAUACGCAAGCAAUAAUAUCACACACGGUAAAUACAUCAUAAAUUGCACAAAUUAUAGCUUAUCUUCAAAACGUAUAAUGUGAAUAAAUUGGAAAAUUUUCACCGCAUUCACUGCUUU